AAAAUUGCGAUUAUUUUGUUGUUGGUCCUCAUGAGGAUUGUUAUUGCAGGAAUGGCAUCAAGUUAUUCUCGUUCUCGUUCAAAUUCCGUGUCCAGCAGCAGUUCUAAUGACCAUUCAAACAUAGACGACAGAGACUCAUUGCCCAAAUCAACUAGCCAAUGGGAUAUGCUCUGUUUGGAGAAAUUAGGAAUUUCCUACAGCAACGAAUAUCAUGCCUCACCAUUAGAUAUAUUAGAUAUGAUUAAUUCUAAAACAGGUUGCUUCGAGUCAUUAAGAGGCGAACAGACAGAAUAUAUUGGUGAUUUAAAGGAAACCCUGGGUUUUGAUAUUUCACUGAAAGAGAGUUCAGAGAACGAACAAACACCUGAACUGUUUGCCCUUACAGAUUUUGUUUUACCAAAGUUAGAAGAAGGGCUUUUAAAAAUACGCCAACAUUAUUCAUCAAGAAAAAGGAUGAUGAGUAUCCAAGAAGAAUUUGUUAAAGUUGUUGCUCAGAUUUUGAGAUAUGAACUGGGACGAUACAAAUCUGUAAAAAGGAUGUGUCCUGCAACAGAAGAUUUAUAUGUUACAGUUUUUAACAUUUUUUCUAGAAUGUGUGGUGUGGAAACAAUACCAGGAUCAUUGUGGAGGACUAGAAUGGAAGUAGGUAGUACAGAUGUUACAUCAACGGCAGAUAUCUUGAUAGUUCCAGUAGAAUGUCUGGACAGUUUCCGUAAAGACUAUCCAGUUGCAGAUUCAGUUGCUGUUGUUUCAGUUGUAGAGGGAAAGAGAUUUUCAUCUAGGCCAGAGGAACAAUCAGUUACUCAGAAUAGCAUAUAUGAUUACGUUGACCAUAAAACUCUAGGACAGCAUGGAGGUAAACUACUGUUACAUCUACAGAACUAUAACAACAAACUUACAAGAGGAAGACGUUUACUUCCAGGAAUAAUAGUCAUGGGAACAGAGGUGAUAUUUACAGUAUUGGAAAUCGAUCCUAAACACCUUUCACAAGUUUAUUCAGAGGAUCCAGUUGAUUCAAGAGCAAAAAUAUAUUAUUCAAAACCAAAGGAUUUCCUGAAAAAGGCUGACAGAGACCUAUUAAUGGAAGCAAUAAUGAGACUAAACAACUUUAAGUAGAUUCUUCAUGUACAAGGGUUGUCAGUGAAGUUAGGUAAUUUUGGUACAUGAUAGUACCGAAAUUAGAUGAAAUGCCAUUUCAUUGGCAAAUGUUUUAUCUUUAUAUUUCUUAUUUAAAAACACAGAAAUAAGAAUAUCUGAUACUGUGAUAAAAAAUAAGCUCAUAGUGUCACACCCUUAAAGCUUGUGACCUGAGAGUGUUUGGAAAUCCAACAGUGAAUCUCAUAAAAAAAGGACUUUUUCCUAGGAUGUGGAACAGGGAGCAGUGAUAAAAUGAAUAUAUUCUUGAGGAAAACCCUAACAUGAAUAGGUUGAUCCAGAAGUAUUGAUAAAAUUAUGUAUUCUUUGUAAAACUCCUACAGAGACAAAUGAGUUUUAAUGCGGUCAGAAAUACAGUCAAAAGUAAACUGCUCUUAAGGAUGUUCUGUUUCAAAAUAACAAGCUUUUUAAAAGACUUUUUUUAAAUGAUAGUGUAUAAAUAAAGGAACUAAAAAAGAAGAAAAAAAUUAGGGGUCUGUGUGCAUGUUUUCAAGAUAUAAGCCAUUGAAAAUUUGGUGGGAAAAACAUCUCUCUAGAUUUUUCAUACUUUUAACAUUGGCCGCUUUUUUGUUUCAAAAACUAUGAAAGAAUAACAAGGAUUUCAUCAGAUUUUCAAAUCUGGCUUUUUAAACUAUAUGUAAUAGAAUUAUGAAAAAAAAAAGUAGGGGUUAGUGGGCAAAUUUUUUUAAUGGCAAUAAAUGAAUAAAAUCAGAGGAUUCCGAAAAUCUGGCAAAAAUUCAAAAACAAGAGGAGCGAACAUCCUUAAGUUUACUAGCUGUAGUAUAGGUUUGUGAAGGAAUUUUUGACUUAGAGAUGAAAAAUGCCAAGAUUUAUUAUUGUGCAUCAUUGACUUUGAAAAACGAAGUGGGUGACACAUAAAGUUUGAGUACAAGAUUAACAUAUGAAUCUUAUUUGCAUUUAUCAGGUGCCAUGGUUGCUGAUGGGCUAAAGUAUGAAAGAAACCAUUUGAAGAUUUGUCAUCUUGAACAUUAAAUAUUAUGAGGGUUUCUUUACUGGUUAUUUCUGUUAAAAAUAAGUAAUAUUUCAGAUUUCUAAAGAUUUUAACUUUACCAAGUUUUGCAUAUAGAUUUACAAAGUAUACUUUAUAUACAUGUAUGGUUUGGUGGAUGGGACAUUGGUAUUAUCUCAAGUGAUUGUGGAAGCUGUUUCUUUGUACCAAUGUAGCUGCCCUGUUACACACUUUAAAUGUUGCAUUUUUUGGUAAUAUGUAUGCUUUGAACAUAAAAAUUGUUUGGUAUUUCUAAAGAAUUCAUUUGCAUUUUUCUUCAGAAACAUUGUUGAAAACUCCAAAUAUUUUCUUUAAAAUCAACCUUUUAUUAUAACUAUUUAAAGGGCACUAGCUGCCAAAUUAAUGUUCACCGAUUUGACUAAAAUUCUCAUAUUUGAUUUUUAACACACUAAAACCUAUAUAUUCAAAUUAUAAAAAGUAUAAAAUAAACAAUUAACAAUGCAUGGACUAGAUAAUAGGUAUAGCAUUUCGUGUGAAUUAUAGUCUAGUCACAAAUUAAAUUUCCACCAAGAUGACCUCCGAAGACUGCAGAUGGUCAUAUAACCAGACAUAAAUAUGUAGGACUCUAAAAUGCGAUGGUACUCUAAAGUGCGAUGGUCAUGCUAAAGUGCGAUGGUCUACGCUAAAGUGGGAUGGUGUCAGACGCUAAAGUGCGAUGGUUGUUUGUUUUUUUAAAAUGUGAUCAGAUGACACGCUAAAGUGCGAUGGUAUAUGACACGCAAAAGUGAGUUGGUUUAACACGCUAAAGUGUGACGGUGUAACGGGAAUGGGGUUCAGGCAAUGUUUUUUUUUUUUUUUUUGCUGUGUUCAUAUUAGUUUUUCGUC